AUGAGUUUGACGAUCGACCACUCAAGGCAAGAAAACGGUCGCGAAAAGCGUCAAGAGCAGCUUGCGAGAUGGGACGAGAGCCAAACUGCUACUAUAUCUGAUGACCGAGCUGCUUAUCGCGGAGGCCCGAGCAAGAUCAAGUUCGGGUCAGGCGCAAUUUUCCUCUCAGCCUGUCAGGCCGGCGACUACGAAGAAAUCGAGGCCGUUCUGAGAGACAAUGAUGACAUCACUAUCAACUACGCUAAUUCGGACGGUUUGACCGCGCUCCAUUCUGCCACCAUUGAUGGAAAUGUCAAAAUGGUCAAGUACCUCAUCUCAAAAGGCGCUGAUAUUAACGUGCAAGAUCAUGAAGGCUGGUCCUGUCUGCACGCGGCCGCGUCUUGCGGUUACGUAGAAAUUGCCAAAAUCCUGGUCGAAAACAAGAUCGACCUUCUUCCGGUGACAUCCGAAGGCGAGCUAGCGCAGGACGUUGCCGCCGAGGACAAUCCGAAAAUGAAAAAGUACCUCGACGAGCUGUAUGCCUCAAUCGACACCGAAGCCGAGCACAACAAGGAAGAGCAGCUUAUGUUCCACGAUGCCUCGCAAUUCUACCACUAUUAUAAAAAAUUCAAUAAGGUCUACGAGCCAGAGCCAAUCGAUCCCAGUACGAAGGCAGGACCUCUUCAUGUCGCUGCUGCAAAAGGCUAUCUUACUGUAAUAAAGCUACUCCUCGAAGCUGGUUUCUCCCCUCACAAGCAAGACGCCGAUGGAUGGACCCCGCUCCACGCAGCGUGUCAUUGGGAGCAACAAGAGGCGGCAGAAUACCUGGCCGCGUAUGGCGCUAAUUUCAACAUUCGAAACUCGCUCGGCCAGCGUCCUAUCGACGUCCUGACUGCGCAGAAACUCAUUCCCAAGAUUCGCGAUUUGGGCAAAAACAGACCAAAGCGCGAAUCACUCCCUGAACUUCCUGAGCUACCUCCUUUCAGUUUGCCUGAACCUCAACCGGAGCCUACCCCCGCGACUCCCGAGCCAGAACCAACGACCUCAAAGACCCUCCCAAGCCGCACUAUUGAGCAGCCGAAAAGGGAACCGGAGCAGAACUCCGCUAGCGAUAGCCCGAAAAAGCCAAAAGUGGGCUUUGCCAAUUUGGAUAAAGAGCAGCGAGCUGAUAGCCCGUGGGAUGUGAAGCUCAAACAGAACUCAAAUGCGACCGCCUCGCCUUCGGUGAAAAAACGCGAAAAAUAUGGCGUCCAGGAUGACAGUAUCAGUGUCAAAGAUAGCUUCAGACAAUUUGAGACCUCUGGCAAAGAAAUUCGUCGUACGAAACGAGUCUCAUCGACUGUUGAAAAUCCCGAUUCCGAUCAGCGUCACACAGGCCAAACGCCCAUUCCAGGUCUUCUCAAUGAAGUUGAACGAAGCCACAAGGCCAAGAACAAGCGUAAAACACGCCAGGCUACAACCGGUGUUACUCUAGACGUGUACAAGCAAGCAAAGGAACUGGCGGAGAAGUCAAUGAAGAAGAAUCAAACAGAGACUAAAUCUUCGACGAGUUUUGACAGAAAUACUGAUCCUGUUUCUUUUCCGAGCGGAUACAUUCCAAGUGAUCAGCGCACGGAGCAGCCGUCCAUCAAUGCCUUGCUGAAUCCAAACAUUGCGAAGCAAGAGAUGCUCAGAAAAAUGCUCGCCAAAAAGACAGAUUCGAAGAAAUCUCCGUCAGAGACAAAGAAAUCCAUAGUCCCUUCAGUCGAUUCCAGUGAAAGUUCAAAUACAACUUCUUUGCCUGCUGGAAGAUCUUCAAGUGAUUCAACUCAUUCCGCAGCGACUCGCAAGACCUCAUCGGAAACAACAAAGAACAACCUCGAAGCACCAGCUCCAUCAGCCAGGACGAGAACGACAUCCGAAACCCGCCGCAACUCGGACAUGGAGUUCCCCCAGCAUCUGAGUCGCAUCCGCAGCCCUGUGCCGGACAAAAACGAGGAUGCCGAGGUUGAUUACAAGUCAAAGUACGAGGAUUUGAAACGCAAGCUCGAAGAGCAAGCCCGACGAAUCCAAACCCUAGAAGCAGAAAAAGCGGAUCUGGCGAAAGACAAAGCCACUUUAUCUGAAAAACUCAGCAAUAUGCAGCUCAACGGUUCGUACGACUCAGAAACCGAGCGGCUGGAGAAUCUAAAGCUAAAGCAAGAAAACGCAGCAUUGAUAAGAAUUAUCGCCAAGGUGUCGAAGUAG